AUGGCCAGAGCCAUCGAUCCCGCCUUGUUGCAGAAGGUGGCCAUCAAACAACAGUCGAUGGAGAUGCCAUUAGUUCCAGAAAUCAUCCAGCCGCAAUGGAGAAACGAGAAAGCGGAUGAUCUGAAGGUGGAAGUAAAGAAAGAAAAACCAAAGGACGACGACACUGCGAGGGCUCAUAUUGUUGUCCAGCAUCACUAUCACGAUCACAGCAUGGACCGAAUUGGACAAUUCAAGCAAGACAACCAUCCAGCUCGCGGCGGUGUGAUCACCCCUUUCCCCUUGAAACUUCACGAGAUGCUCAGAGAUUUAGAGCAAGAUGGAUUUGGCCAUAUCGUUUCAUGGCAACCCCACGGACGUUGCUUUGUGGUACACAAGUCUGACGAGUUUGUCCACCUCUUGCCUCGAUACUUCAAGCUGUCCAAGCUUGCGAGCUUUCAGCGCCAGUUGAAUCUGUAUGGAUUCCAGCGCUUAACUCACGGAAAGGAUCGUGGAGGCUACUACCAUGAACUCUUUCUUCGUUCGAUGCCAUUUUUGGCCCAAGGUAUUCAACGAAUCAAGGUGAAGGGAACUGGUGUUCGAGCAAGAUCCAACCCUCAUCAAGAACCAAACUUCUACAAGAUGUCCUUUGUUGGUACUAGAUCCCUUUCCGUACCCAUGCCCCUCCCAAGAUCAAGACCCGUCGCGUCCUUCCCAACUACAUUCAUGCCUAUCCCGUCUCCCAUGUCACUGUCCAUUCCAACACCAGUUAUGUCGCAGCCUGCGCCACAUGCUUCAUUGCCACUUCAGAGUUCCUAUUCGCUGGAACCUAGAGCAGUCGAAGAUUUUGAUGUGAUUUGUGGGUUUGGAAACAAGAAGUUCCACUACUUGGACCCUCAUCAACUUCAAGAAGCUGAGAAGGCACGAAAAGUCGAGAUGGCUCCUCAAAAUGCUGCAGGUUUCUUCAAAGACUUUGUCUUUCCGAGCGACAUUGGUGUCGAAAUUGAGGACGACGAGGUUUUUGGAAAUAUGCUUGAACAAAUGAUUUCCUAG